ACUGCUAGGCACUGACUGGCACAACCGCUGGGCACUGACUGGCAGCACUGCAUUGAUGGGCACUGGUGGGUGGCACAGGUGGGUGGCACUGGUGGGUGGCACAGGUGGGUGGCACUGGUGGGUGGCACUGCUGUGCACAGGUAGGUGGCACUGCUGGGCACAGGUGGGUGCACUGCUGGGCACAGGUGGCCGGAACUGGUGGGUGGCACUGCUGGGCACUGAUCAUCAGGGCACUGAUGAUCAGUGCCCUGAUGAUCGGUACCGAUCCCUGCUCUGACAACUGCCGGUUCUUGGCAGUACUUUCCCUCGUGCUCUGACAGCGUGAGGAAAGUGCAGCCGAGAACUGGCAAUUGCAUU